AUGAAUAUCGUCAAGCUACAAAGAAAAUUUCCAGUGCUAUCUCAGGAAGACCUGUUCUCAACUAUCGAAAAAUUUAGAUUGAUUGAUUUGGAUGACAAAGGUUGGGUUGAUAAGCAGCAGGCGUUGGAAGCAAUUUCGAAGUCUGGGGAUGCUUCUUAUGAUGAAGCCAGAGAGACUUUGAAGCAGGUCAACGUUGACGCUUCUGGUCAUGUUGAACUGGAUGAUUACGUUGAAUUGAUUGCCAAGUUAAAGGAAUCAAAGGCAGGCCCGCCCCCACAAACAAGCUUUGAAACAAGCGCACCAUCGAUGACUUUGUCACCAAGUCGUGCGGGAUUACAGCAUAAAGGAACAGGUGCCCAAGCAAAGAUUAUUGUCAGCGGUUCUACGACAGGUACCACGCAUACAAUUAACGAAGAAGAAAGACGUGAAUUUACAAAACAUAUUAAUAGUGUCUUAGCUGGCGAUGCUGAUAUUGGACAAUUGCUACCAUUCCCAGAGGACACCUUUCAGCUAUUCGACGAAUGCAAGGAUGGGCUUGUGUUGUCUAAAUUGAUUAAUGAUUCUGUACCCGAUACAAUUGAUACAAGAGUUUUGAAUUGGCCCAAGAAGGGCAAGAGUUUGAACAAUUUUCAAGCAAGUGAGAAUGCUAACAUUGUAAUCAACUCUGCCAAGGCUAUCGGAUGUAUUGUUGUGAAUGUUCAUUCAGAAGAUAUCAUCGAAGGUAAGGAGCAUUUGAUCUUAGGAUUAAUUUGGCAAAUCAUCAGGAGAGGUUUGCUGAGUAAGAUAGAUAUUAAAUUACACCCUGAAUUGUAUCGUUUAUUGGAAGAUGAUGAAUCCUUGGAACAAUUCUUAAGAUUGCCACCGGAGCAAAUUUUAUUGCGUUGGUUCAAUUACCAUUUAAAACAAGCCAAUUGGGACAGAAGAGUUAGCAAUUUCUCAAGUGACGUGUCUGAUGGUCAAAACUACACAGUUUUGUUGCAUCAAUUAGCUCCCGCACUCUGCUCAACAGCUCCUUUGCAAACACAAGAUCUAUUACAGAGAGCAGAGCAGGUUUUGACUAAUGCUGAAAAAUUAGAUUGUAGAAAAUAUUUGACACCAAGUUCUCUCGUGGCAGGUAAUCCAAAGCUUAACCUGGCAUUUGUUGCUCACUUGUUCAACACUCAUCCAGGUUUAGAUCCUAUUGAAGAAUCUGAAAAACCUGAAAUCGAGGAGUUUGAUGCGGAGGGUGAGAGAGAAGCCAGAGUAUUUACCCUAUGGUUGAACUCGUUGGAUGUUGAUCCAUCUGUUGUGUCCUUAUUUGAAGAUUUGAAAGAUGGUAUAAUCUUACUACAAGCCUACGAGAAAGUUAUGCCCGGCGCAGUGCAAAGUAAUCACGUUAACAAAAGGCCAAGCUCAGGAGGUGAAAUGUCUAGGUUCAAAGCUUUAGAAAAUACAAAUUAUGCUGUUGAAUUAGGUAAAGCCAAUGGAUUUUCUUUAGUGGGUAUCGAGGGUUCCGAUAUUGUUGAUGGUAAUAAAUUGCUAACGCUAGGUCUAGUUUGGCAACUAAUGCGCAGAAAUAUCAACAAUACGAUCAAAAGUCUUUCGUCUAGUGGAAGAGACAUGAGUGAUUCACAAAUGUUGAAAUGGGCUCAAGAGCAAGUUUCUAAGGGGGGUAAAACCGCAAAAAUACACUCCUUUAAAGAUCCUGCUUUAAGUAAUGGUCAUUUCUUAUUAGAUGUGAUUAAUGGUAUCGCACCAGGAUAUGUGGACUAUGACCUGGUGGCACCUGGUAACACAGAUGAAGAAAAAUACGCGAAUGCAAGGCUAGCCAUUUCCAUCGCAAGAAAGCUAGGUGCCUUAAUUUGGUUAGUUCCUGAAGAUAUCAACGAAGUACGCUCAAGAUUGAUCAUCACUUUUGUCGCUUCUUUGAUGUCCAUUAAGAAAUAA